AUGCCGCUGACACUGGCGUUUGUCCUGCACGCCUGCCUUGUUGCGCUCGUUGACAUGCUGUCAAUGUGUCAAUGGUGCAACGGGGCGCCCCCGACCAAUUUGGCAACUCUGGAUUGGACCUGGCGCCUUUCCUCUACUGACACGACGACGAAUUUCAACCGCCUCCCUGUAUAUAGACCAAUGAUAAAAUGUCGGCGCAAGGAUUGGCCGCCGAAAUUCUGCCCGGGGCGCUCUCGUAAACCAGGCUAUUCCUCGCAGACAUGUGUUGGUGAUUCUGGCUCGGCAGCACGGCGCGGCCCAGGGGCUGUCUCACGGCAUAAUUUCGCAGGGUGCAAUAUGAAGCCGAAAUUAUCCAAUUAUGCGGUGCGGGUCGGCGGCGCUGCUAACGUGAUGAAAUGA